AUUUAAGAGCUGAGAAAAUGAGUUUGAUGACAUUAUAUGAUGACGACGACACAGACACGCCCGAGAAUAAGGUGACAAGUAAGAACGAUGAAAAUCUAGACAGUGUUGAAUUGGAAACUACAGAAGACACUGCUUCUUCAGUGACCAAGCAAAAGAGAGCAGUACGCGUAUCACCUCUGAGAAGAUCUUCACGCUCAGUUAGAUCUCGGGCAAGGUUAAUGUACCCAACAAGGAGCAGACAUAAGGUUAAAAGAAAUUUGACCAACCGAAAGGGUUCCUAUUUAGCCCGGAGAAUUGCGAGAAGUGUUCCCCUGAGCAGUAAGCCCCGCAAAGGUCGAGAUUGGACUCUUAAAGAGAAAGCUAAAUUGCUGAAGGCGCUGCAGAUUGUGGAUGAUCCUGAAGAUUAUGAAAGUGUGGCCUCGCAUAUUGUUUCCAGAACAGCGGAAGAGGUGAAAUUAUUUGUACAAGGCAGAGAAAAGCACAUGAUGAGAAAUAAGAGCUACUACUUGGAACUGUUCAACAUGACUGAGCCGACAGCUCCCGCACCCCUCUCGCAAUGGGCCAACAUUUGCAGUCAUAACUCAUCCGAAAACAUAUCUAAAGCACUGCACGAGGUACUAAAAUUGGCCUCUUUCGAGCCUCGGUCUGUUAGUGAAAUGAGACUGGAUUUCUCUCUGAUCUACAACUACCUGGCAAACGCAGUGGCAGACAAGGAACUGCCGGAACUGUCGCCUCUUGAGGCAUGUAUUCUGUGGGACACCAUAUCCGACAUCAACUCCAGCUCAGCUGUUCAAUCGAAUCCGGAGUGUGUGAGUCACCUAAGACGACAGUUCAACGCACUAACCGCGCAUUCAACCGAAGUCAAAUUAUCAGCUGGGUGCUAUACCAAUGUGAAAGAAAUGCUGCACAUUGACAAAGCGAUUGCAUAUCAGAGCGCUUUGACUGAAAAUAUAAUUAAAAGAAUCGACGAUUUGGGAAAUUGUUCGAUAAAAACGGGGAAAUUCAAGGGAAGGAGGAAACCGCAACCUUCAGUGCUCGUUGCCGAUACAGACGAGUUAGCUCAAGAUUCUAGUUUUUACAGCGAAGAAAUGUUACAAGAAUUGAAAGAGUACUCAAAACUGAAAGACUGUAUCAGCGAAAUGACAGGUGUUCAGCUGAUCUCUCCGCGAAUAAGGGAAAGAAAGGUUGCAGAUUUGGCUGCAGAAGCGAAAAAAGUUAGAGAUCAACUCGACAAGCAAUGUUACUCCGCGUUGAAUCCUUUGUCGCUCCCAGCUACGUUUUUGUCGCACCAAAAUCUGAUCGUAGGGUCAACUCUUUCCUUACAUGGUAAUCUGAACCAGGGAUCAAGCGGCAGUAAUAAUCAAGAGCAAACUGAGAUCCAGUUCCAUUAUGACAACAAUAACUCAUCAAUUACUAACGGUUCAUAAAUGUUAAAUUUUUCUUUGAAUUGAUUUUGUUCUGAA